AACAUUUUACAACACUCAAACUCUAAAGCCCAAUUGUGUAAAAAGGCGCGCAUGCCGAAAUUUGGAGAUUAAAUACAAUUUUCUUUAAUUAUUGUUAAAAGUAUUGUUUAAAAAGGUAAUAUGGCAUUAUGGGUGGAUAAGUACCGGCCACGAGAGCUGUCCAAAUUAGAUUACCACAAGGAUCAAGCAGAGAACUUGCGAAACCUCUGCAAACAGAGCGAUUUCCCCCAUCUAAUGUUUUAUGGGCCGUCUGGGUCUGGAAAGAAAACCAGAAUUAUGUGCCUGCUGAGGGAGAUGUAUGGAUCUGGAGUGGAACGACUGAGGAGCGAGACCAUGACUUUUACCACUCCUUCGAACCGCAAGAUAGAGGUGAUGACUGUCAGCAGUAACUAUCACCUGGAGGUGAAUCCGUCCGACGCUGGAAUAUAUGACCGCACAGUCGUGGUCGACCUCAUCAAACAGGUGGCUCAGACGCACCAGAUUGAGAUCAGUGGCCAGCGAGAGUUUAAAGUAAUCGUCAUCUCCGAAGGCGACGAACUGACCAAAGAUGCCCAGCAUGCCUUGCGCCGCACCAUGGAAAAGUAUGUGGCUACAUGCCGGAUAAUAAUCUCCGUGAACUCCACCUCUCGCAUCAUUCCGGCCAUCCGAUCGCGUUGCCUCGGCAUAAGAGUGUCUGCCCCUAGCGAACCAGAAAUCGUCUCCAUUCUGCAGAACACCUGCAAGCGCGAGGGACUCACCUUGCCGCCAGAACUGGCCAAGCGGUUAGUGGAAAAGUCUGAGCGCAAUCUCCGGCGCGCUCUUCUUAUGCUUGAGGCGGCAAAAGUGGCCAAGGUUCCGUUUACAGCCAACCAAGAGAUUCCCGAUUUGGACUGGCAGGCGUUCUUGCGCGACACUGCAUCACAGAUCAUCAGCGAACAAACCCCCGCCAAGCUAGAGAAGAUACGCGAGCGUCUAUACGAGCUUCUUAUUCAAGGUGUGCCAUCCAACCUUAUCUUUCGCGGUCUAGUAGAGAAUCUGGUGAACAACUGCGACAUGUCCAUCAAGGCAAAAACCCUGGAGUUUGCCACGGAGUACGAGCACAGGAUGCAAGCCGGAGCGAAGCACAUAUUUCACUUGGAGGCCUUUGUGGCACAGUUUAUGAACAUUUACAAAAAGUUUCUGUCUGAGCUGGUAUUGACGGAUGACUUCUAAUGCUGCCACUUAUCUUUUUUCAUAUUAAUAAAAGAUUUUUUUAUUUUAAAACUUAA